AUGAGUAAUAUAUUCAGUCAGAGUAGAAUUUUCCAGCUGGACCAAAAAACCCACACAGGAGAGAAAACUUUUAAGUGCCCAGAGUGUGGAAAGAGAUUCAGUCGGAGUGGCUAUUUUCAACAUCAACUGAGAACCCACACGGGGAAGAAACCUCUUGAGUGCUCACAGUGCAGAAAGAGAUUCAGCCGGAGUGCCUAUCUUCAAGAUCAUCAGAGAACCCACUCAGGGGAGAAACCUUUUGAAUGCUCAGAGUGUGGAAAGAGAUUCAGUCGGAGUGACAGUCUACAACUUCAUCAGAGAACUCACUCAGGGGAGAAACCUUUUGAAUGUUCAGAGUGUGGAAAAAGGUUUAGUAGGAGUGUCAAUCUUCAACGUCAUCAGAGAACUCACACAGGGGAGAAGCCUUUUGAAUGUUCAGAGUGUGGAAAGAGGUUUAGUACGAGUGGCCAACUUCAGCUUCAUCAGAGAACUCACACAGGGGAGAAGCCUUUUGAAUGUUCAGAGUGUGGAAAGAAAUUCAGUGAGAGGGGGACUCUUCAACGUCAUCAGAGAACCCACACAGGGGAGAAGCCUUUUGAAUGUUCAGAGUGUGGAAAGAGGUUUAGUAGGAGUGGCCAUCUUCAACGUCAUCAGGGAACUCACACAGAAGAGAAGACUUUUGAAUGUUCAGAGUGUGGAAAGAAAUUCAGUGAGAGGGAAACUCUUCAAGAUCAUCAGAGAACCCACACAGGGGAGAAGUCUUUUGAAUGUUCAGAGUGUGGAAAGAGGUUCAGUAGGAGUGGCCAUCUUCAGAAUCAUCAGAGAACCCACACAGGGGAGAAGCCUUUUGAAUGUUCAGAGUGUGGAAAGAGGUUUAGUAGGAGUGCCAAUCUUCAACGUCAUCAGAGAAACCACACAGGGGAGAAGCCUUUUGAAUGUUCAGAGUGUGGAAAGAAAUUCAGUGCGAGGACGACUCUUCAAGAUCAUCAGAGAACCCACACAGGGGAGAAGCCUUUUGAAUGCUCAGAGUGUGGAAAGAGGUUUAGUAGCAGUGGCAUUCUUCAACGUCAUCAGAGAACCCACACAGGGGAGAAGCCUUUUGAAUGUUCAGAGUGUGGAAAGAGGUUUAGUAUGAGUGCCAAUCUUCAACGUCAUCAGAGAACCCACACAGGGGAGAAGCCUUUUGAAUGUUCAGAGUGUGGAAAGAAAUUCAGUGAGAUGGUGACUCUUCAACAUCAUCAGAGAACCCACACAGGGGAGAAGCCUUUUGAAUGCCCAGAGUGCAGGAAGAAAUUCAGUCGGAGGGCCAGUCUUCAAUGUCAUCAUCAGAGAAUCCACAAG